AUUAGUGUUUGUGUGAAUGUGUGAGCGAGAGAGAGAGAGAGCGCAAAGGCAAAGGCAAAGGCAAAGGCAUAGGCAUAUUUACUUCCUUACGUUUCUUCAAAAAAUGAUGUGAUUUUCUUCUUCCUCUCUUUCAACAAAAAAGGCAUGUCUUCAUGCCCCUCCUCCACCAUGUUAUUUACCCCCAAAACUUCUUUACUUCUCCGUCAAAAUACUCUUUUCUUCCCAAAUUCUACCAAAUUUAGGUGCGUGUUGCAUCAGAUUGUUCCCAAAUUCGUCGUUUCCUCCUCUCUUAGCUCUCUUCUUACCUCCGGCAAUGUCAUCGCCGCUGCUGCUGCCGCCGGUUCUGGCUCAGUUCAUGGAGCCGUCUCCUCUGCUAUUACUCAAGUCGCUGUCACUGCUGUUGCAAUUGCUUCCGGGGCUUGCCUUUCCACAAAGGUCGACUUUUUGUGGCCUAAACUGGAAGAGCAACCCGGAUCUCUGGUCCUGGAUGGUGUAGAUGUCACUGGGUACACCAUAUUCAAUGAUGAAAAGGUCCAAAAGGCAAUUGCAUUUGCACGGAAAGCUCAUCAUGGUCAGACGAGGAUGACUGGAGACCCCUACUUAUCCCACUGUAUUCACACUGGGAAAAUUUUAGCGGUGUUAGUUCCAUCAAAUGGUAAAAGAGCUAUUGAUACAGUAGUCGCUGGAAUCCUCCACGACGUAGUUGAUGACACUUGUGAGAGUUUGCACAGCAUAGAGAGAGAAUUUGGAGCUGAUGUUGCAAAACUGGUGGGUGGAGUUUCCAGACUAAGUUAUAUCAAUCAGUUACUACGCAGACACAGAAGAAUGAAUUUGAGUCAAGCUACACUUAGCCAUGAAGAGGCAAAUAAUUUGCGAGUGAUGUUACUGGGCAUGAUUGAUGAUCCACGGGUAGUUCUCAUAAAGCUUGCAGAUCGUCUCCAUAACAUGAGAACAAUAUAUGCUCUUCCUUCCACCAAAGCUCAAGCUGUGGCACAGGAGACACUAGUUAUUUGGUGCUCUCUUGCUUCUAGAUUGGGUUUGUGGGCUCUAAAAGCUGAACUUGAAGACCUGUGCUUUGCUGUCCUUCAGCCUAAGAUAUUUCGCCAAAUGAGAGCAGAGCUGGCUUCCAUGUGGAGCCCCAUCAAUAAGACAGCCAUAAGAAAAAGUUCUGUGAAGUCCAGCAAUGUUGUUCAAUUUCACGAAUGUGAAGAACCUACAGAGUGCGAUGAGGAAAACACAAGCAUGAAGAUUCUUCUUCAAGCUGUCCUUCCAUUUGAUUUGUUACUGGAUAGGAAAAAGCGAGUAAUCUUUUAUAAGAAUCUCACAACAUAUUUGGAUACGCCUAAAAAACCGAAGGUUGUGAGGGAUGCUGGCAUUGCUCUGGCAUCUCUGGUUGUUUGUGAAGAAGCACUGGAACGGGAGCUAUUUAUUUCAACAUCUUAUGUUCCAGGAAUGGAAGUGACUUUAUCCGGACGCCUGAAGAGCUUGUAUAGCAUAUAUACUAAGAUGAAGAGAAAAGAUGUUGGCAUUGACAAAGUAUAUGAUGCUCGUGCAUUGAGGGUCGUUGUUGGAGAUAAGAAUGGGACUUUGCAUGGGCAGGCAGUUCAAUGUUGUUACAAUCUCCUUAACAUUAUACAUAGAUUUUGGACUCCUAUUGAUGGUGAAUUCGACGACUACAUCGUCAAUCCAAAACCAAGUGGCUACCAGUCACUUCACACUGCAGUACAAGGUCCCGACAGUUCCCCUUUGGAAGUUCAAAUAAGAACACAGAGGAUGCAUGAAUAUGCUGAACAUGGGCUUGCUGCACACUGGCUUUAUAAGGAAUCUGAGAAUCUUUUGCCCUCCAAAAGCAGUGUAACUGCUUCUGAAGUAAAGAAUUCCGCAGAUUUCUCCAAGGACAUGGAAGAUCAAGAUCCUACCGAGGAUGAUGCGUUCAUCAAAUACAGCUCACUUAAAGUAGGUCACCCAGUUCUCAGAGUGGAAGCUGGCCACUUGCUUGCUGCAGUUAUAGUCAGAGUAGAUAAUGGUGGAAGUGAAUUGCUUGUUGCUGUAAGUUUUGGACUAGCAGCUUCGGAAGCAGUAGCUGAAAGAAGAUCUUCUUACCAAAUAAAAAGAUGGGAAGCUUAUGCAAACUUAUAUAAAAAGGUGUCUGACGAGUGGUGGUGCGAACCUGGGCAUGGAGAUUGGUGUACCUGCUUGGAAAAAUACACCCUCUGCAGAGAUGGUAUAUAUCACAAGCAAGACCAGUUCCAGCGACUAUUGCCUACUUUCAUCCAAGUCAUUGAGCUGACAGAGCGAGAAGAAACUGAAUACCGGGCUGUGGUCUCUGCUGUUUUCGAGGGAAAACCUAUUGCUUCUGAUGUUUCUAGCUCAAGCUGUGAGGAGAAGCCUAGACUUGCUUUUAAUUCAGCUUUGGUGGACAAUGGCAUCAAUAACAAGGUACUACUAUUGAGGACAAUGCUUCAAUGGGAGGAGCAACUGAGAUCUGAAGCAGGCUUUCGACAAUUGGAGGUCAAGACAAGGAACUAUAGGCGCACAGACUCAAUUUCUCUCGGAGAAGUUGUGAUUGUAUGUUGGCCGAAUGGUGAGAUAAUGAGAUUGAGGACCGGCAGCACAGCCGCUGAUGCUGCUAGGAGGAUAGGAUUCGAUGGGAAACUUGUUUCAGUAAAUGGACAGUUGGUAUUACCCAACACACAGUUAAAAGACGGUGAUGUAGUUGAAGUCAGAAUGUAAGUUGUCUUACGGUGGAUGCUUGGUUAGGGGUAAUUUGGUAAAGUAUAGAUAGAUUGUGAAAACGGGGAGAGUAAAGAGCACGUCGCAUGGCCUCCCUUUUGUCUUGUAACAUUACAUUCUAUUCAUAGCUGCCUGUGCGGCAUUGCCAUUGUAAAAUGUAAGUAGUACCUCACGGCUCACUGUCCCUUUUACCUUGUAAUGGUACACUCUAAUUCAUAGAUGCCUGUGUGGCUCUGCCAUUGUAAAAUGUAAGUAGUACCUGUCCCU